AUGUCUGAGGAUCAGCAAAGACGUGGUUCAUACGUUCCUAUCGAAUUCACACCUGAAAUCACUGAGCAGUGUUUGAAACAAGUGGAAUUCUACUUUUCAGAGUUCAACUUCCCAUAUGAUAAGUUCUUACGUAUCACUACUGAGAAGAAUGACGGUUGGGUGCCAAUUGGAACAAUUGCUACAUUUAACAGAAUGAAGAAAUUCAGACCUGUGGAGAAAGUUGUCGAAGCUUUGCGUACUUCUAAGAUUUUACAAGUUUCUGAGGACGGUGAAAAUGUGAAAAGAAUCGAACCGCUCGACUUGGAAGGUACUAAGAACGCACGUCACGAACGUAAUAAGAGGACUUUGGCCGUUAUGAACUUCCCACAUGAAAAUGUGGAUGAUAUGACUGAAUUGCAAGAAAAAUUGGAAGGAUUUUUCAAUGGUUUGGCACAAAUUAACCAAGUGCGUCUAAGAAGAGACCACGGCAGAAAAUUCAACGGUACUGCAAUCGUCGAAUUCAACAGUCUGGAAGAGAGUGAGAAGUUCUUGAAAACCUAUUCUGGUGAAGACGCAGAAAACUUAUCAUUCGAGGGUCGUAAACUAGACGUCUUUUCCAAAAAGCAAUUCGAUUUACAAAGAGAAGCUACCAGGGGUAAGAACUUUAGUGGAUCUGGUCAGAAAUCAAGAUCCAUGACCGGCCAUAGAAAGAACAUGCCAAAGGAAGACACCAAGAAGGAGGAAAAGACAGAAGAGAAGAAAGAAGAAGAGAAAAAGGAAGAGACCAAAAAUUAA